CCUCAGAGACCAAAGUCCAAGAGCAGAGAAAUUCGGUAGCCAUGUUGGGCAGUUCUUCUUCUUCUCCUCCUCCUCCAAUGAAGCAUGAUGUGUUUAUCAGCUUCAGAGGGGAGGAUACCCGUGACGGCUUCACCAGCCAUCUCUGCACAGCACUGCGCAAGAGACACAUCGAAACUUACAUGGAUGACAGGCUUGUGAGAGGGGAAGAGAUUUCACCCGCACUGGAGAAAGCAAUUGAAGAAUCCACCAUUUAUGUCAUUGUUUUCUCCCAAGGCUAUGCUUCUUCCCGGUGGUGUUUGGAUGAACUCACCAAGAUCAUGGAUUGCAAGCACAGAUUCGGGAGGGAAGUGAUUCCAGUGUUCUUUAUGGUGGACCCGGCAGACGUUAGGCAUCAGAAAGGAAGUUAUGGAGAACCAUUUGAGAAGCACCAACAGCGAUACGAAGACAAAGUGCAGGGAUGGAGAUCUGCUCUAUGCCAAGCAGCUAAUCUCUCCGGAUGGGAUUCACGAGCAUUCAGACCUGAAUCCAUUCUUGUUGAAGAGAUUGUGGAAGAUAUUUGGACAAAAUUGAAUAGUCAAUCCAUUAAUGAUAAUGGAGGACUUGUUGGAAUUGACAAGCAUAUUGAACAAGUUGAGUCCAUCUUGCAUGGUGAUUCAGCAGAUUUUCGGAUCGUAGGGAUUUGGGGCAUGAGAGGAAUAGGUAAAACAACAAUUGCCCAUGCAUUAUAUCGUAAGCUGGCAACCCAAUUCAGUUACACAAGGUUUUUUGACGAUGUCUCAACAAAAAUUAAAGAGUACAAAAAUGAUGGAGGAUAUAGGGACAGGAGGCACAUGCUUCAAAGACUGAAGGUUCUCCUCAUUCUUGAUAAUGUGAACAGCGCAGAUCAACUUGAGGAUUUGAUUGGAAGGCGUCGUAGCUUUGGUCCGGGAAGUAGAAUUAUUGUGACUAGUAGUGACAAACAAGUGCUCAACAAUUUAACUGAUAAAAUUUAUGAGGUUAAGAAUAUGGAUUUUCAGGAUUCUCUACAACUGUUCAGCUUACAUGCCUUUAAACAAAACUACCCAAUAGAAUCCUACAUGGAAGUAUCAGAAAAGGUACUCAAUUAUGCUGAAGGGAUUCCGUUAGCUCUCGAAGUUUUGGGCUAUUUUCUUUAUGGUAGAACAAGGGAAGCAUGGGAAAGUGAGUUGCAAAAGUUGGAAAAACUUCCCAAUCCUAAAAUCUUCGAUGUGUUGAAAUUAAGUUUUGAUGCGCUUGAUGAGGAGCAACAGGAUAUAUUUCUUGACAUAGCCUGCUUUUAUAGAGGAUAUGAAGAGCAUACUGCAAAACAAAAACUUAAUGACUCUGGUUUCUCGGCUACCAUUGGAAUAGAAGUUCUCAAGGAGAGGUGCCUCAUAUCUGUUUUGAAUCGGGAGAUUGUGAUGCAUGACCUAAUACAAGAUAUGGGACAAGAAAUCAUCCGUCGUCAAGGUGUCAAUGAUCCUGGAAAACGCAGUCGACUAUUUAAGCAUCAGGACAUUUAUCAAGUUUUAAAAAAGAACAAGGGGACAGAAGCAAUCCAAUGUAUUAUGCUUGACAUGCGCAAAAUUAGAGAAGUUAACAUACAUUCCAAAACCUUCAAAAAGAUGCAUAAACUGAGAAUGCUCCAAUUCUACACGACAAAGUCAGCAAAAGACUCAAAUGUGCACAUUCCUAAAUAUCUUAAAAGUCUUCCGGAUGAGCUAAGAUUUCUUCGUUGGGAUGGUUUCCCUCAAAUAUCUUUGCCACAGGACUUUUGCCCAGAAAAUCUUGUUGAACUCAAUAUGCAUGAUAGCCAUCUUGAACGACUCUGGGACGGACAUCAGGAUUUACCAAAUUUGAAAAGACUUGACCUCAGUGGUUCUCGGAAGCUGAUUCAAAUACCAGACCUCUCGCAGUCUCCAAAUAUUGAAGAAAUAAUUCUUAGUCAUUGUGUAAAGUUGGAUGUCGUUUACUCCUCUAGUUUCCUCGCCAAGCUCAGCUGCUUAUGGUUGAAUGGCUGUUAUGAGCUUAGGAUUUUAAAUCUUCCUAGUAGUAUCCUAUUGGAAUCUCUUGGUGUAAUAGUUCUUUAUAACUGUCCUAGCCUUGAGAUGUUUUCAGUCAGUAAAACAAGUGAGGGAGUUCUACCAUUUGGCUGUUCGCGUCAUGGAAAACUCAGAUGCAAUGAGAUAAAGAAGAAAGAAGAAGAGAAGCGUGCACGAGGAACGCAUUAUUUUGAUAUUUUGCAUCCCAUUGUUAGUGCUAAAGAAUAUGAAAACACCGAGGAUAAUAUACACUUACUGAGGUUUAAAGUGUUGAGAGAAGGUUCGCCCUCGUCGUUCCCAGGUCUUAAAGAGAUUUGUUGGUUAGAUCUCUCUAAUUGCGAAUCCCUCAUAAUCCUUCCAGUUGAACUUCUCCAGAUGAAAUUUCUAAAAAGACUUGAUCUCUGUGGCUGCUCAAGUUUGGAAAGUUUCCCUGAAAUAAACCAGACUAUGGAAACUUUAACUGUUCUCAUCUUAGACAAAACAGGAAUACAAGAACUACCUUCAUCCUUGCACCAUUUGGUAGGGCUCGAAGAACUGAGCUUGCAUGGGUGCCGAAGGCUUGAGUUUAUUCCAUCUUCCAUCGGAAGUCUAAGUAGACUCUGCAAGCUGGACCUUACCGACUGUGAAUCGCUUGAAACUAUUCCAAGCAGCAUUUUUAAGUUGAAGUUGUCAAAACUUGAUUUACAUGGUUGCUCAAGGCUGAGGAUUUUGCCAGAGAUCAUGGAAGCUGCAAAAAGUAUUGCACACCUUCGGUUAACAAAAGCUGCAGUAAAAGAAUUGCCUUUGUCAUUGGACCGUUUGGAAGGCCUUACAACGUUGUGCUUAUCAUUGUGCAGUGAUCUAGAAUUCCUUCCGAGCAACAUUGUUAAUCUAGGCCUUCUCUCUGAUCUCGAUUGUUCUGGUUGUGUCAAUUUAACAAAAAUCCCAAAUAACAUUGAUCGUUUGUCAUCACUAAGAGAAUUGUCAUUGCAGGGAAGUGGUAUUGUGGACCUUCCUGAGAGUAUUGCUCAUCUUUCAAGCUUGAAAUCAUUGGAUUUAAGUGAUUGCAAAAUGCUUGAAAGCAUCCCUGUGCUUCCACCAUUUCUAAAACAGUUAUUGGCAUUUGAUUGCCCAUAUGUUAGGAGAGUGUCAAGUUCAAGGCUUAAACUCCCACCAGAUUCCAAGGAGGGUCUCUUCAAAUUUCAUUUCACCAACAGCCAAGGAUUGGAUCCAAGUGCUCAUAGUAAUAUUGCUGCUGAUGCAUGUGAUAUGAUUAUCCAGGAUGCAUAUAAGUCUGUGCUCUUCUGCUUUCCAGGGAGUGAAGUUCCUCAUUGGUUCCCUUAUCGAUGCAGGGGAAAUUCAGUUACUCUGGAUCCAGGUUCUCUGAAUCCGAUCAACGGUGAUAGGCUCAUUGGUUUCGCACUGUGUGUAGUCUUAGGAAGCUCUGAAGUUCAGAGAAACACGAAUAGGGAAUUUCCCUACAGACUCAAAUUUGAAUAUGAAGGCAUGCAUGUUCUUGGAAAUGAUCGUUUAAGGAACUAUUUCUACUGGAAGGGUAGACGUAUAUUCAAGGUCCAUCAUACUCUCGUGUGGAAAUAUACUUUGGAAUCUUCAGCCAUUACCUACAUGCUCUCUCAUGCCCGAAACUUCAAUUUUGAGAUAUAUGAAGAAUCACAUAGACAUGGUGUACCAACUUCCGAUGUAGUAGAGUGUGGAAUAUGCCCUCUUUAUACCAAAGAGAAAGAUAAUAAUUUUCCUGCUGGAGAUUAUUGGGUUCACUAUAAGGUUUGCGCACCAAGCCACUGAAUUAUGCGAUAGGCCGAAGACAAGUGCCUUUUGAAAGGGUAAAAUAUUUGAUGCGAAACCAGAAGAUCUUUUGUUUUGCAUGGUCAACGUGGAACAGCUGAGGAUAACAAGUCUUUUUGUAUUUUUGGACGCAAUUCUGUGGUGGCAUUUUCUGCAUUCAUCAGUACCUGCUUGUUCAGUUUUCCUGCAUGACGACGCAUGAUGAACGCGAUUGUUUCCCCCUCCUUUUUUUGGUUGGUUGAGUUCAUAAUUUAUGAAGCCAUGUAUAAUUGUGACUUAAUAUUUGGAUUAAAGACCGUUUCAGUUAAGAAUUUUUUAUAUAUAUUAGGUGAAACUUUUUUGUAUGGAAAGUGUAAUAAGGAACUCCAGUUACGCCUAGUGUAUAAUCAGUUAUACAUCAGUUUAAGCCUACUUCAGUUAUAAAAAAUUUUAGGUUAAAGUA